AUGCUACCAACCACGGAACAGCCGAACAAGGCCUGUCUCAACUGCAGAGCAAGAAGGACCAAUCGUGAUGCAGUCAAGCCAAUAUGUUUGUCGUGCAAACACUUGGGCCCCAAGCAGCAGUCGCAGUGCAAGUACGGCCAACCAGCAGAGUGGCUGGAAUCAAUUGUUUGUCCUAACCGGACCCAGCAGAACCAGAUAUUAGAACUCGAGCUGAAGCUGGAAUCUCUCGAGCGCACGCUAGCCCAGCUCAGCACCUUGGCUGCCAUCAAACAUGAGCAGCAAUACAACCCAUCCCCACAUCACUUCACCGGCAUCACCACUCUUUGCAAACCCCAGAAACUCAUUGAGCUGGCAGAGGCUGCCGUACUCCGUUGUCAGUAUUAUGUAUCCGCCCUCAUAGGUCUCAACCUCAGGCCGGCCUCUGCUCACGAGUCAACCUUCUCCGCUUGA